AGGCAGAAACCUUGAGCAGAACUGGACUCACUGGAGAACCACCAUUCUGCCAUGACUGUUUGGGCUGAUGAAGCAGGAAAAGCAGAGAGGCAAACCCAAAGAGAAGAACAGAAACAAACCAACAGAGACGAUGGCACCGGGUCCAAGUGUGAUUCUCCAGAUCUUACAGGUGAAUCUAGUGAUGUCCAUCCUGCUGUAUGUGAUGGUCCUCGUGUACCUCUAUGGUAUCCAGGCAACCACCAUGGACAGCAGUCAACAGGGACAACAGCAGGCAAGUCCCGACCCCUUAAACUCCCUGAUCAUCCAGCUGCUUCAGGCCGACCUGACGAAGGGCAGGACCCGGGGGAACCAGAGCCAACAGGGGAAGAGUCGACACAGCGAGCCCCAGGACACACUGCCUCCUCUACUCAGUGAAAACUUUCCGCUGGAGGAGCAGAACGAUGCGGAUCAGUGGGGGACGGAGGGUCGCAGUGGUGGGAGCAGUGAAGACUUUAUUGACCAGGAGGUGAUGUUGUUGAACUCGGACAUUCUCAGGCAGCACAAGCGGUACAACUCACCUCGGGUGCUGCUAAGUGACCGGCCGCCACUGCAGCCUCCCCCACUGUACCUCGCGGACGAUUUUGUAGACAGCGCUGCGGCGGGAAACAAGACGCGAAAGAAGCGAUACGCCGAGCACAAGAGCUACAGGGGGGAAUAUUCUGUGUGUGACAGCGAAAGCCAGUGGGUGACGGAUAAAACCCACGCUAUGGACACCAGGGGGGACCCUGUUACUGUUCUGGCCAAAAUUAAAACCAGUGCCACGCAGGACAUCAAACAGUACUUUUAUGAGACACGCUGUCGGACCCCAAGGCCGUUUAAAGGUGGCUGCAGGGGUAUUGACGACAAGAACUGGAACUCGCAGUGCAAGACGACACAGACAUACGUUCGAGCGCUGACUCAGGUUCGGAAUUCGGUGGGCUGGAGGUGGAUACGCAUAGACACUUCCUGCGUCUGUGCGUUGUCAAGGAAACGUCACAGGACGUAAUCAUUACCACACACGCCCUGCUGAGGACUACCUGUUUGGAUUAUAUUCCCUGUUAAGGAUCUAUUUCCUGUGCACAGUGCUCCCACCACAGGAUUAUGUGUCACGGUGGUUAAGAGCAACUUUCUGCUAAAAAACGAUACUUUCACUGAAGAAACCAUGGGUCCAUAUAUGAUAUUUCAUGUUAAUGUGCUGCAAAUCCACGAAACAGUGCGGCACCCGCUGUUGACGGAAGAACUUGUUUAAGAGGGGUCGGGGAGGGAGGAAGUGAGUGCGUGUGUAGGGGGGAUAUGUAAAUAUAAAUUAUUUAAAUUAUAUGAAAUGCAUGUAGUUUAUACAUGUUUAUCUAUCUAUAUAUGACAUAUGAAUAUAUUUGUGUUAUUUAUUGAAAGAAGUCUUCUUCUAAAGGAAAAAAAAAAAAGUCUAUAAAAAGGAAUGAGAAAUGCUAUGGACUAUAACACAGAGCUGGGCUGCAAAGGUGCUUCACAGUAAGACUUUACACGUGCCUUGACCACAGCAGAGACAUAGGACUUGGUAACUCAAACACAGCAGUGGCUACAAAUGUUUCAGAGGUGAAUCUGUUUAAUCUAGGGACGGUCCUUUCCCAUGGACAAAUAUGGAGCCCCUAUUAUUAGAACUAGCCCUCAAGGAAAAAAAAGAUACAAGGCAUCAUACGACCAAAACACACAUUUAUGAUUCAUGACCAAACUUAUGCAUUACACUGUGUUUCCAUACUGUUUUGUUUUAACACACUAAAAAGACAAAUAUAUUCCUCUGGGAGACACUUUCUUUAAAAUUGAAGAUAAGAGUUAUUCUUGUGGAAUCCGACCGGGAUGAAAGAAAAUCCAACUGUUUGGUUUCCUCAGACCAAGUUUUACUCUCAACUGUUAUCAUGAGCUGUUAUCGUUUCUUCCUAUCAAUAAAAACCUAUAUUUCU